UCUCCCCGUCCGAUCCCGCCUCUCAUCUCUCUCCGAUCUCCCCGUCGAGAUUCGCGGCGCGAUCCACGGCGCGAUCUUCGCCAGGAUUCGCAGCGGGGGGAGAGGAAGGCGGUGUCGUUGAGGGGCUGGUGGUCGAGGGAGAGUGAUAUCUUCUUUUUCGAUCCUUUCUCCAACGGCGAGCGAUGGCGAUGGGAGGGAUCUCAGGGACGAAGAUGAAGAGAACGAUGAUAAUGGUGAGAACGUAGGGGAGGAAGAGGACACAUACUUGAGCGACGGUGUAGAAGAGGAAGACGAUGACUCCGACUUCAGGGAGAACAUCCUCAACGGCCUCGAAGACUCCGCCGUGGUCGAGGAUUGUUCUUGGUCCGUCUCCACGACCAAGUCGAAGAGGCAUGUUCUUCAAGCACCCAAUGAAUCGAAAAAAAGGUACACUUCUUUUAUUAACACCUCAAAUAAUUGAUUAGUGAUUGUGCUCUUUUUGUCAUUUGUAUGAGCUGAAUAUCAAAUUUACAUGCUAUGAUCAUCCUGCUGUGUUGAUGGUCGAAGCUCAGGCAAAUUAUGUUGGGCACUUGGGAGGUGCAUUGAGUAAAAAUCUCCUGUUGAAGGGCAAGAAGAACAGAUUUUAUAUUGUUUCUGCUCUUGCAGGCACAAAAGUCGACUUAAAAAUACUAUCGCAAAGGCUUGGGUUGGGAUGCGAAUGGCUCCAGGCUCCAGAGGAAGCAUUGCAAGAAGUACUUCAGGUGCCAUUGGGCUGUGUUUCUCCAUUUGCUGUAAUUAAUGAGUCUGCAAGAAUAGCGAAUCGCGAAAAUAACUUAUGCAAGUGCAUAUGAACAUAAGUGUUACAAAAAUGGAAGAGUACACGAUGAAUGGAAUUAAGUAAUCUAAAAGGAGAUGCAAAAAACUAUAGAAUUUUAUGAUCAAAUCGAGUUUAUUAUAGGAUAUGCAACCAUAAAGGAUCAUGCCAAAAUUGUAACAACUGUAUUCAAGGUUUCAUUAGCUGCCUUUGAUAGAAUCAAGGUUUCAUUAGCUCCGACGUGGAUAGAUAAUAGAAUACAGUUGUUUCGCCUCUACAGGAAAGCAUUUUCUUUUGUUCUUUUGAAAAGUGUCUAUAGUGAAGAAUUAUAAGUUUGUGAACUUUCUUAUCACUGGAAGCUUUAUAUUCCUGCGAAUAAAUUUUCCUUAUUUCUUUCUCAUACUUCUCCUUCUACUACAGUUCAAUUUUUUCUUGCGUCCUUCCUUCAAUUGUUUGCAGUAUCAUUUUUAUUUAAGGUGUCGGCAACUCCUGCUUAUUAUUUCCUCUCCCCCCAGCGUUUUUUUUUUUUAACUUUCCUUUACCACCCCAUUUUUACUUUAAUUUUUUCAUCUUGCUGCCUUUUCACCCUGAUGUAGUUUACACUUACACUCUCUACUACACUUUCUUGCUGUUUAAUGGUAGUCUUAUACACGUUGCAACUGUUUCGGCAUUCUGUGCAGUGGCUUUUGGAGAUUUUGCGUUGUUUCUAUAAGCUUUUGCCAAGUUUUCUUAAAAUUUGAAAAACAAUACUUGCCGAAUGAAAACAGUUUCAUAGCUGGUCAGACGUGUUCAAUUUAUAGAUCAUUUAGUUUCAUAGUUUGUGGGUUCAAGAAUGUGUAAUUGCUUUUAGCCUCACGUAAAAAUUGAGAAAGAGGGAUUGUUUGUAUAUUUCUUCGCAUGUCGAAUUUAGUUGUCAUCUGCCUUCCUACUAUGAUCGAGAUAUUUGCUUCGGUAUUUGAUGUUGAUCUUUUUUAUUAUGAAUGGUUACCUGUGAGUCAUCCUAUGGACUUUCAAUGAUUCAACAUUUAUGUAUU